UGCGGUUAUGGACGACCGGAAAAAAAUUUCCGUGAUCACUGUUUUGCAGAGGUUAAGAGACGAACGGCAAAGUUACGUUAAUAUAAUCAACAAAACAAGAGAGUUGAUCGGAAAAGCUCAGCCAGCUGUUCCUUCCGUGCUAAUUGAUGAAUUGAUUGAUAAAUUGGCGGAGAAUAUCAGCUCCAGGAGACAAUUUUCGGGGUCUGAUAAUUCGACCGUGGAAAUUAUUGCCGUGCCUGCAGAUUAUCCUGAUAAUGAAACGGAAUUCUUUUUGGUGGAUUACGGAGAGCCUAUUUCGGACAUCAAGGUCAACCAAUCUGUACCGAGAAUUGUGGUGAGGAUUGAAAACAAUCUUGAACCCAAGCCAAGAAUUGGGACGGUCAAGGUUGACUAUGGAUCUGGAAAUUCUUCAGGGUUUUUGAAACUCAAGGAUGAUUAUUACACUGAGGAUGGUGUUUAUGAUACGGCGAAUCGGGGUAGAAAUAAAACGAAUUCGGUCUGAAUCUUGUAAAUAUAUGAAUAAAUUCUUGUACCUAUAAUACGAUUUAAUGUGACGGAAUCUUGAUUUUUAA